AUGGUGAAGAAACGAGGAGCGAACCAGCGCACGGGCGGCAAGCCGUUCAUCGAGUGGUGCGCGGAGAACGGGGAGCGCGGCGAGAGGCUCGCCAACGAGUUCCGCGAGGAGCUGCCGACGGAGCUGACGAAAGCGUCGCACUACAAGGCGAAGUGGAAGUGUUUGAACUGCAAGCACGUGUGGAGGGCGAAGGUGUGCAACCGCACGAACAGCAACAGGCCCAGCGGGUGCCCACAGUGCGCGAAUUACGCGCCGGCGAGCGAGACGAACAACUUCCUCGCGUGGUGCGAGAAGAACGGCGAGCUCGGGAAGAAGCUGUCGCGCGAGUACGUCGACAAGGACAAGCCGCCGACGGCGGUGACGAAGGCGUCGAGGUACAAGGCGCUGUGGAAGUGUGAGGAGUGCUCGCACGAGUGGCGCGCGAGGAUGACCGAGCGCACGAAGAGCGUCAGACCCACCGGGUGUCCGGCGUGCCCACCCCCCGGAGAAAACUUACGCAAGAAGCGCGACCGCGACGAAUAG